UUUUUAAGAUGGCAAAGGAGAAGUUAAAAGUGAGGAGGAAGAAAAGCGGCGAAUUGAAGCCAGAAGAGAGAAGCAAAGGCGCAGAAGGGAGAAAAACAGUGAAAAAUAUGGUGAUGGAUACAGAAUGGCAUUUACUUGCUCAUUUUGCAAGUUUCGAACAUUUGAAGAAAAAGAAAUUGAGGCACAUCUGGAGAGUGCAGCUCACCAGGAAACUUUGGAUCAUAUCCAGAAGCAAACCAAAUUUGACAAAGUAGUGAUGGAAUUUCUUCAUGAGUGUAUGGUCAAUAAAUUCAAAAAGACAGCUAUGCGUAAGCAGCAGACAAGUAACCAAACGGAAAAUGCUCAAGCUGCUGAAAAAGAUAUAAUGGAAGGAGUUACAGCUGAUGACCAUAUGAUGAAAGUUGAGACUGUUCACUGCAGUGCUUGCAGUGUGUAUGUUCCUGCAUUACACAGCUCUGUUCAGCAGCACUUAAAAUCUCCUGAUCACACAAAAGGAAAACAAGCAUACAGAGAACAAAUAAAAAGGGAGAGCGUUCUUACUGCCACCAGUAUCUUGAAUAAUCCUAUUGUCAAGGCACGAUAUGAGCUGUAUGUGAAGGGUGAAAAUCCUUUUGAAAUUAAUGAUCAGGCUCAGGAGCAGCAGACAGAAGAAGAGGAGAAACCUGAGGAGCCAGCUGAGGGUGAGGAAGAAGAGGAGGAAGAGGAGGAGGAAGAAACUGAAGAGCAAACUGACUUCACUUUAGACCACACUGAAGAUAACUAAAUGCAAGAAAAUUAAAAGUAUAUUGAGGGGGGGCAAAACAGCUUUUUAUUUCUGCUCUAAAGUGGCUAAGACUUUUUAAUAGUCUCAAAUGAAGUUGUUGAAGAUUCCCCACCUGAUGCAUGCAUUCCAUUCCAUGGAGAACUUGUUUAUAUGAUUCCUCUGUGUUUCUGAUUUUGUUUAAAAUGAAAUUAAGACUAUUUUAGUUGAGCUUUUUAUAGCAAACUGACUGUUAAAGCUGAUUAAAACAUUGUGUUGUAUAUUUUUUUAAGCAUCCUAUUUUUUUGAUGUGUGUAUUGAAAGUUGGCUAUAAUAAUUUUUGGUCUAAGCAGUUGAAAAGAAAGGCGGGUCUGUGGGGUAAAUAUAUUAAAUGCUGUAUGGCAUAAGCUUGUCCUAUUUACCUCUUAGUACAGAAUGAGUAACUUCAAAAAUUGUGCUGUUGAGUGUGGCUGUUUCGGGGACUGCAUUGCACUCUGUAUAAUAGAAUAUGUGUUAUAAUAUGCCUUUUAGCUUUUUGUGAUAAGAUGUACCAGUUUGUAGCAAUAAAACACUUAAGAAAUG